AAUCCUGAUCAGUUUCAUCAUGCAUCCUAACGUUUUCGUUCGCAUUCAAUAAAUAAUAUAUAUCCAUAAUCAAAUUAACAGCAGCAGGGGAGUAUAGUGGUAAUUUUCUCAUAAUUUUAUGGGAGGAGGAGGAGGAGGAGAAGAAAAAGUGGAAGGAUGGUUAGAAGGGGAGGAGAGUGCAAAAGCAAUGCUUUCAAGGAGGAUUACGAGGAGGGAGCGUCCCUUGUUUCUUCCUCCUCCCCUUGAUAGGGUUCCUCUUCGCUUAGGCAACGUUGUUGAGAUCGUCGGCCCUCCUCCUUCUUCCAAAACCCACCUCUUAAUACAGGCUGCUGUCAAUUGCAUUCUUCCUAAGGAGUGGAAGGGUGUGAAUUAUGGAGGCCUGGGGAAUUUAGUAAUGUUCUUUGACUUGGAUUGUCGCUUCGAGAUUUUACGCCUUUCACAAGCACUAAAGCAUCGAAUCAUGGAAGCUAAUGGAUCAAGGGCUAAUCCUAACUGGGAGCAAGGAGAUGCUGAUGCUUUCAAUUGCAACCAAAAGAAGGGCCCCGAUAUUGAGUGUGACAGAGAAUUGUUUUCCUCAUGCAUGAGACGGUUCAUGUGUGUCCGUUGUUAUGAUAGCUUAGAAUUCCUUACCGCUCUCAAGACGUUACAUUAUCAGCUCCAAAAGGAAAGAGAAACUCAUGGAGUUGAUGUUCAUUUCUUAAUGAUUGAUAGCAUUGGAGCUUUUUACUGGAUUGAUCGGGCUUCAACAUCGGUGGCCCUAAAGGGCAAUAACAGGAAAUGUCACUCUCUUCAAAGUGUGUCGGAAAGCAUAAUUCAGGAGAUCAGAAAACUUUUGCUGGUGCAUCCCAUGCUUGUUUUAGCUACAAAAGCAGCAAAUCUUGGGGAACUCAAAAGAGAUCCCUCUAAAGUAAGGGGACGGCAUCCAAAACGUUACUUUUUCUCCAAAGUUGCAAGCCAGUCCAAGUGGUCGGUCUUGUUUAUACACAAAAAACAAAGAAACAUUCCUUUUUUUAAGGAGGACAUCGCCCUAAAGGAAGACUAUAUCCCCUUUAUUUCUGCUUGUCCCCAAAAUGACAGGAAUUCCCAAAAAUGGUAUUCAGAAAAGGCCUCAGAUUUGAUAACACUGGGGAGUGGUCCUCAGAAACUUCCAUAUCGCGAAUACAUGCCUUCAAUCUGGCAGUCCUUUGUCACACACAGAGUACUUGUACAAGCUUCAGGUGAAGACAGCAAGCAUCAUAAUUCGCCAAUAUAUUUAUCACAAUGGUUGUUGCCAUCACUAAGUUUGUCAGACAAGUUCAUAGUUACAGAUGUGAGAACCCAUUUUGUGCUUCUUGUCGUUGCAUGCUGAGGUUCAAGGCAGGUGUCUCCACCUUAUAAAUGCACAUGUGCAUCCGUAUUGGAUAUGGAAUUGCGGGUAUCGCUUCUUAUUUUCGACCGCGCUCAUUAUCCCAUGUCAAAGCUGUUUUUACAUUCGUUUUGAUGUUGUUUUUCAAUUUCAAGGGUUUUAGCUACAGAUGUUCAGGUUCUGACCCUUUUACUGUUAGUUCGUUCUUUAUUCAUUACAAGGAAUUCACUUUAUGAUGCAAAUGUGUACAAGGGAAAUUACUUUGUA